UAAUUUAAACCGGAUAGAACCGAUAUGUACGCAUUGAUAAGGUCGGUUUCUGGGUUAAACGAAGGGUGCUGUUUAUUUAUUUGCUCAAAUUAGGGUUUUACAAUCAACUUUCAAAAGGCAUUUUGUCGGCUGAUUCUGCGAAGCUUACGAAGAUGGUUCUACAAAACGAUAUUGAUCUGCUGAACCCACCAGCUGAGCUUGAGAAGAGGAAGCACAAGCUCAAGCGUCUUGUUCAGUCCCCCAACUCUUUUUUCAUGGAUGUGAAGUGCCAAGGCUGCUUUAACAUAACGACGGUGUUCAGCCACUCGCAGACGGUUGUAGUGUGUGCAAACUGCCAGAAUGUGCUUUGCCAACCCACAGGAGGAAAGGCUAGGCUCACUGAAGGUUGCUCUUUCAGGAAAAAGUGACACAAGAUCAAGAUGGCUCCACUCCACUCCACACUUCUUUCCUUCCUUUAGUUUCGUCUUCUUCUUUCGUUAUUUCUUUUAAGUUUGUUUGGGAUGAUUUUUUGAGCUAGUAUACUUUAUGUUGAUGAUGUCUUGAGUUUCAGAGUAUGGAUCUUAUUGUUAAAAGUUCGUUUUGUUAUCAA